UGUACGUUUCAAGGUAUUCAUAGCACGGAUGCUCGCGCAUGACGCAGACGUGCCGUCCGAGGAGCUCAAGCGCCUCGUGCGCAAGAGCGAGGCCGACCGAAAGACGCGGUCUGCCUCCAAAGAGAUCGUUGAAAUGACCAACUAUAUCCUCUUUCUGACCCUCUUUCUGAUUGCGACGCUCCAAGGCUGGAACAACUCGUCGUACAAGAGCCGCGCCAUCUUGAUGUCCGAGUUGCGCGACAAGCCUUUUCUGCGAUCUCAAACCACCGUGCGCAAGGCCUUCAAGGACGUGGCCUGCAUCGACGAGCUCCACGAAUUCCUCGUCGGGCCGUUCUACGCCGCCUUGUACCUCGGGCAGUCGUACGACGCCGACGUGAGCUUCCCGACCGGACCGCUCUACGCGGGGCGGGGGUUCAUCGCUGGCGUCGAGCGUGUCGUUGGGAGCGUCCGCAUCGGGCAGCUUCGCGUCGAUGGCGCCAAGUGCCAAGGCACGCUUGUGCACGAGCUACAGCACGGCGAUUACGACCCGAUGUGCUAUCCCGAGUACAGCAGUACAGCAGAAUCUAUUGCGAGCUUUGGCUACAAUGCGACCUACAACGCGCUCCCAAUGGUGCCCAGCGAGCCGACGUACGUCUCGCGCACGGGCCGGUACUACCCGAGUCCGCGCUUUGCGGUGUUUCUUCCGUCUGUCGAGAACGACUCCUCGUGCGAUCCAUCGGCGUACACCACGACGUGCGACGUGUACAAGCAAAUCGACGCGCUUCGAACCUCCAAGUUUUUUGACAAGGCGACCCGCGUCGUUUUGAUCGACUUUACGUUGUACAAUGCCAACACGGACCAGCAGUCGGUCGUGCGUCUCGUCGCCGAGCACACGAUGAGCGGCGGCCUCGCGACGCAAGCCGACUGCAUGACGUACCGCCUGUACCGCAACCAAGUCGCCUCGGACCACGUGCGCUUGACGCUCGAGCUCCUUGUGCUGCUCCAAGUCUUUUUCCAGCUGUACGCCGAGCUGCGGUUGUGCCAGCGCCUGGGGCGCGCGUACUGGCACAUGACAGCCAACGUGGCCCAUGCGCUGAGCUUGCUGUUGUUUAUUGCGUGCGCCGUGCUCCGUGUGCUUUGCUACCUCGAGCUGCCGGCGAUAACCAUGUCCUCGAUGGGUCCGACGAGUUUUCCAAAUUUCCGUCCGUCGGCCAAUUACUACAUGAUGGCCGACGUCGCGACAAGCUUUACGUGCUUCUUGUCGUGGCUCAAGCUCUUCAAGUUUCUUGGCUUCCUACCCAUGUUUGCGCCACUGACCAAGACCGUAACCAAAGCCGCUCGCAAGGUCUCGAGCUUGAUUGUCAUAUUCUUUAUUGCGCUCCUUGGCUCGGCGCUGUCGUUCCACAUGGCCUUUGGCGCCGACCUCGAGCGCUACUACUCGUUUUGGGCGAGCUUCAUUGGGCUCCUCAGCAUUCUCCAAGGCGAGCUCGAUCUGCUCGAGCUCCAAAAGUCCAACCGGAUCUUGGGCCCGAUUUUUUUCGUGGUAUUUGUGACGUUGAUGUUCUUUGUGAUUCUCAAUAUGUUUAUUGUCGUCAUUUCCGAUGCGUUUGCCGAAGCCAAGAGUGAACUCCAUCUCCUCAACGAACUCAACGUCGACACACUCUCGAAAGAAGUAUACCACCACGUUCUGCAUAACAUCGUCUUUCGCAUUCCGCUGCUCGGCAAGAUCCUACGCCGAGUGUACGACCGCACGGUCUCGCGCCUCGACAAACGCAAGCACGCGACCAAGUCGCUCAACGAGUGCAGCAAGCAGCACGUGCUCUUUCAAAGCACUCAUGCGACUUCCCUCAAGCUCCUCAAGAGCACGCUCGCCAGCAAGAAAAGUCCUCCGGCUCGGUUUCAAGUCGUCCUCGACGAAUACCGCAAGCAUCAAAUGGCAGUCGCGUCCAGCUGGACGACAACUAGUGCGGGCAUUACGGCCGAGCUCGCCUUGCUUCCACGCACAUCGUCCUAAUCCUAAUUUACAAGUCUACUAAUUUGGUGCAUGACCCAA